GCAGGGAGCCCUCCCGGCGGCAGGAGGGAGCGCGGACCGCGAGGGCCAGGACUGCCCGGCCGGCUUCCGCGGGCCCCGCGGGGCUGCCCCAGACGCCUCGGAGGGACCCCCGGAGCGCGGCGCGCCGACCCCGCGCCCGGGGCGCGGAUGAAGAGUCCGGCGCGGCGGCCCGAGCGGCCCGCGCGCUGAGAGGAGCGGGCAGCGUCUGUCCCGGGCCGUCCCCCGGACCCCCGGGCCGAGCAGAGCGGCGAGCCGGAGCCCGCGGGCCUGACCAGCGGCGGGCCAUGCAGGGAGCCCCAUUCUGGAAGCUGCCAGUCCCAAGGCACUGGGGAGGCCUGAGGCCAACCAUGCCCAGCCUGCUGCUGCUGUUCACUGCUGCUCUGCUCUCCAGCUGGGCUCAGCUUCUGACAGAUGCCAACUCUUGGUGGUCACUAGCUAUGAACCCGGUGCAGAGACCCGAGAUGUUUAUCAUCGGUGCCCAGCCUGUGUGCAGUCAGCUUCCUGGGCUCUCCCCUGGCCAGAGAAAGCUGUGCCAGUUGUACCAGGAACACAUGGCCUACAUAGGGGAGGGAGCCAAGACGGGCAUCAAGGAGUGCCAGUACCAAUUCCGGCAGCGACGGUGGAACUGCAGCACCGUGGACAACACAUCUGUCUUUGGCAGAGUCAUGCAGAUAGGCAGCCGGGAGACGGCCUUCACCUACGCUGUGAGCGCUGCGGGUGUGGUCAACGCCAUCAGCCGCGCCUGCCGUGAGGGCGAGCUGUCCACCUGCGGCUGCAGCCGCACCGCCAGGCCCAAGGACCUGCCCCGGGACUGGCUCUGGGGAGGCUGUGGGGACAAUGUGGAGUACGGCUACCGCUUUGCUAAGGAGUUUGUGGAUGCCCGGGAACGGGAGAAGAACUUUGCCAAGGGAUCGGAGGAGCAGGGCCGAGUGCUCAUGAACCUGCAGAACAAUGAGGCCGGUCGCAGGGCAGUGUAUAAGAUGGCAGAUGUAGCCUGCAAAUGCCAUGGUGUCUCAGGGUCCUGCAGCCUCAAGACCUGCUGGCUCCAGCUGGCCGAGUUCCGCAAGGUGGGGGACCAGCUGAAGGAGAAGUACGACAGCGCAGCUGCCAUGCGCAUCACCCGCAAGGGCAAGCUGGAGCUCGUCAACAGCCGCUUCAACCAGCCCACGCCAGAGGACCUGGUCUAUGUGGACCCCAGCCCUGACUACUGCCUGCGCAAUGAGACCACAGGCUCUCUGGGCACCCAAGGCCGCCUCUGCAACAAGACAUCGGAGGGCAUGGAUGGCUGCGAGCUCAUGUGCUGUGGCCGUGGCUACGACCAGUUCAAGAGCGUCCAGGUGGAGCGCUGCCACUGCAAGUUCCACUGGUGCUGCUUUGUCAAGUGCAAAAAGUGCACUGAGGUUGUCGACCAGUAUGUCUGUAAAUAGCCAGGGUGGUGGGCCCACUCCCCUGGCCCUGUCCUCUACUCUGCCUCACAAGAGUCUAUAUUAUAUAAAUCUAUAUAAAUCUA